GCUUGGCCUGGCGACACCAUGAGCCACCGCUUGUCUCAAGCGGCGCGGCACACGCAAGAACUCCUGGAAGAUCUUGAGCGGGACAAAGAGCUGGACGUGAUCCGUAUCUUCCUUGCUCGGUUUGACUUGUUUCCAAGGCAACGGGACCCCAAGUCGGCCCCUAUUCGCAGCGAAGAGUUGCGCGACCUGGUCAAGUUUUGGAAGCUCCAUCGACAGCGCAACUUUUGGAAAAAUCACACGACGAAAGAAGAUCUUGUGCGCAUGCUGUACAAACAUAUUACGACCAAAGUCCUGCCGAACGAAAAGACGCCGCUGAUUCCAGAAUCAGCUACACCGACGACGCCACCGGCAAAUAUGGUACCCAUGGCCCCUCAAUCCCCCGCCCGUCCACAGAGUGGAGGCAUGGCAAUGGAUAGUCCGUCAAAGAUUCGCCGCACGUCACGAUUCACGACCGGGUCCGAACCUUACAAUGGAUUGUUGUCCAAGGUCAGCCCAAGCAAACUGAAUGCGCUGGGGACGUAUGGCGGCGAUCUAUUUGCCCAGCGCGGGGACUAUGACAGCGGCAUGAUUUAUGUCUCACGCUUGGCCCCGCCGGAAACAGACCUAUCUUUUCAAAGCCUCGUCCAGGAUGGUGGCGACGACUCGACCACAAAGGACUCAGUGUUGUCGCCGCAAUUGAACAUUCUUGACGAAGACUCAACUCGACGAGAGAAGCGUCUGAUGACAGAGUGUGCUUGCAGUUUGUAUCAGCUGACGUUAGAGCCUGGUCACGAAGCUGCCAUUGUCCGAGAAGGAUGCAUUCCCGCCAUCGUUCGCAUGUGUACCUUUGACGACUUGGAUGUCAAGAAAUACUGCUCUGCCACGAUUGUAAACGUGUCCGUGGACAGUUCGCUCACUGGUCGCUUGAUCGAGGAGGGUGUGCUGAGUGGGCUUAUGGAACUCGCCAAAGUGCAGCAGGAAGACAUUCGACGCAAUGCUGCCAUCGGCAUUUGCCGCAUCUCGUACGACCGACAGGGACAACACAAGUUGAUCCAGGAAGGGAGUGUCCCGGCGCUGAUUUCCAUGCUCAACAACACGGAUUUUGAAACCAAGGAAGCAUGUGUCAAGACCCUCGUCAACAUCUCGUCGUUUUCAGGGUCCGUCGUGUCCGAGUCUGUCACGCACACGGUGACGCGCAUCGCGGCCAAGAAGGACCCGGCGUACGACCGCUUCAUUGUGGAAACCAUUUGCGAUAUGUCAUUGCUGUCGGGCCCUCGCGCCAAGGCGGCGGACGACGGCAUUCUCUUGCCCAUAUUUGACAUCAAUCGGGACAAUGCAGACGUCGACUUGAAGCGCAUGAUGGCGAUAGCGCUGAGCAACUUUUCCGGUCUCGAGACCAAUCACCAGCACAUGGUGAACCCGAGCAUCUUGCAUACACUGGACAGUCUCUUGGGCGUGGACGACGAAUCGAUCAAAGAAAUGGCGUCGACCGCCGUGUCCAACAUCGCGUGCACGGCCGAGUUCAUCCCAAAGCUCGUGGCGUCGGUCGGGGAGGCGUUCAACCUGCCCCUUCGGCUCAUCCAGUCGGGCUACAGCGCCACGGCCGCGCUGCAAGAAAACAUCUCGGCCGCAUUGCUCAGCAUCGGCUUGAGCAAUCAAGCUCACCGCCUUCUCUUGACCCAGAAUGGCGUCGUGCUCCUCCUAAUUUACUUCCUCGAAUCCAGUAGCGCGACCACAAAGCGGCACACUGUCGUGUUGCUUUGCGCGCUCAUGGCCGACGACCUCUCUCGCGCCCAGCUUGUUCAGCACGACGUGAUAAAAGUCGUCGUCGCCCUGGCAGUCAGCCCUGCGACUCGAGAACUGUGUGCGGUGGCGCUGUUUAACCUGUCUUGCUUUGCCGACAUGAGCCCCUACCUCCUGGCUCCGACAACGAUCGAUGCCCUCAAACACCUUCUGUCGCCCCCUGCGGCCCCGAGCACCCCCGGGGGCCACCUCAAGCCAUCCGUCGACACGUCGGAGGUCACGCUGUCGAUGACGCAGGAAUUUUGCCUCAACUGCCUUUACAACAUGUCGUUCUACCCUGGCAGCGCAGAGGUCUUGAUUUCGUCGCAUGCAGUCGCAACUCUCCAUCAAGUCUUCCGAAAACCUUCCAAGAACGCCGACGCGAAUUUGCGGGCAGCCGCCGUGCUGUGCAACAUGUCGUUUUGUACGUACUCGACCUUGAUCACGGCCAUGCUCGACGACGACGCGCUCAAGCUGCUGAAGCGGCUCUCGUCCAGCGCGACAACAAAGGAGCUUGUGUUGUGCAUUGCCACGACUCUGUGCAACAUGGCGAUUCCGGCGCUCCAGACGUCCGGCCCGGUGGUUGUGAACCAACUCAUCGAGUUGUCGCACACCCCUCAUGCCGACAUUGCGUUUGUGUGUGCGAUAUCGUUUUCGAAACUCGCGUCGACGGCGACCCUUCGAGAAAACCUGGCCAAGGUCCUCGAUCUCCCCCCCACGCUCACAGUGAUGAUGCGGUCCGGAAUCGAAGAAGUACAAAUCCACUGCGCUGCCGCGUUGUGCGGCCUUGCUUGCGAACGCGGCCAAAAGGGCAACCGCCACAUGUGGAAGGAAGGCACGAUCACCGACUUCAUCGUGAACUCGCUCCUUCGCAUCAACAGCGACUCGACCAAGGAAGUGUGCGCCCGCGUCCUCUUCAACGUCCUAACUCACGAAGACUGCCGGAUGCACAUGAUCAAGGACGGUGUGCUAUACGCUCUCGUCAAACUCGCCCGCCUCGACAGCGUCGAGAUCCGGUCGCUGUGCGUCACCGCGCUGUACAACUUGAGCUGCGACGCGUCGAUGGUGCCAGUCCUCAUGGACAUCAACGUCGCGCAUGUGAUCGCCAAGAUGUGCGAAGGCGAGUUCAACCAAGUCGACAAUCGCAGACGCCUCGCUGCAUGCUUGUCCAACAUUGCGUUGCAGCCAGGUCACGAACUCAAACUGAUGGAGAACGGCGGACUCACAGCGGUGCUGCUGUUGUGCGACCACGGCGACGUCGAAUGCAUGCGGUACAGCGCGUCGGUGCUGUGUUCGCUCGCGACGCAGCCGGCCAAUUGUGACGCCAUGGCUGGGAUUCCCGCCCUCGAGCUCCUCCUGAAAAUGACCAACUCCCGCGACAGCUACCAAUGCCUCUUUGCCCUCCACGCGCUGUGCAACAUUUCGUGUGUUGCUGCGCUCCACGACAAGAUCGAGGAGGCCGAAGCCAUCUGCUCCAUCAUCCGAGUCUUGGGCGAAGCCGAAGAAGAAGACAUCAUGCUCACAUGCUCGAAAAUUCUGUGCAACCUUUCAUUUCACCCGAAACACCACGCGACGAUUCUCAAGCAUAACUACGUGCCGGUGCUCCUUCAAGCGCUGAAGAAGACAUGGUUCCAGAGCGUCGCCGACGUUAACGCUCGCAUCUUGGCCACAUUGAGCGAAGACGCAUCCGUGAUCGAACACCUCGUCGCGGGAGGGGCGGUCGAAGUGAUGCACAUGGCGUCGCGGGACGGCGACAAGGCCACAACCGUCGUGCAGUGCGUGAUCUGCCUUGCUCGGCUCGCGCGGGGCCAUCUCAGCGGAUGCAAAGUCAUUCAAGAUGGCCUCUUCGACAUCUUGAAUGCUGCGAUCCCGCUCUCGAACGAUCCAAAGACACAUCGGAAACUCGGCUCGGACCUCACGGAGCGCUGCUCGAUGAUCCUGCGGACGCUGUCGACGUUUGCCGUGUGCAUUCCCGAGAUGGUGGCCGACCCGCGGCUCAUGCCGCUCGCAAUUGCGCUUACAAAAGACGGCGACAAGGAAACGUCCAAGAACAUCAUCAUGCUCUUGCACAACAUCACGGCUGCGCGGAGCCGUGAAUUUCAGCGCCAAGUGCGUCGUUCCGGCGUCAUUCCCCUUCUCAUCAAGCUCGCCAAUGUGUGCACCACGGACGAGCUCCAGAUUUGCGCUGUCGCCCUUGCCCACAUCAACAGUGAAUUGUCCGAAGCCGACCGGCACGAGCUCGAGGAGUACCACAAGGGGCUCGUUCGCACGAUGAUCUCGAUGCUCGAGAUGGACCCUCCCACGAUGCUGCGCGCGGAAAAAGUGGCGACUGCCAUGCCCCCGCUUCUCGUGAUCAGCCGCCUUCGAACCGACUUUCUCCAAGGUUCCAAUGCGACGAGGGUGUUGACGCAAAUCCCCGUGUCGUGGCAGAUUCAGAGUGCCCACAUUGACGAGUCGACGCUUGUGCCAAAAGCGCCGUCGCACUUUUUGGACAUGCUGCCGCAGAAACACCUUGCUUUCCACCUAAGCGUCAAAGAAGACUUGGUUGGAGCGUUCCAAAUCUUGCAAGUCAGCUCGGAGAAGUGUCGCAUGAAGUUGCCGCUUCCUCGCACCCUCAUGAGCAUGGACGCGAUUCUCAACAUCGUGGACACGGUCGUGGAAGAGCCGACGCAUGCGCCAGUUUCAACCGACCCAGUGCACGAAACAGACGAACUGGAUGAGCUCAUGACGACUCCUCCAAAGUCCCCUGCCGGAACGACUCGAACCCCCAACACCCCCGGUCGACGCCAUCAUCAUAGCCCACACACACCAAGCGGCGGCGGCGAUGUCGACGACGAGUUGGGGGUGCGCAAGCCCUCGAAGACAGCUCACAAGCAUAACUCGAGCGGUCGGAGUGUCAAGGGGGGGCAUGCGCUCAAGGCGUCUUCCAGGAAAAUCUCGCUCGCCAAGAAUGGCUCGGUGAAGCAUCUGCGGGCUGGAGAUAGCAAGGCGAACGUGGUUCACGACCACGAUAGUGUAUUGCCUAAAAUUUAAGCUAACUAUCUGUACAUUGCCGAUCUCGUCGCGUGAUCGCAAACCCCGCUU